GCGCUUUCAACCAACAGCACUCCAAGGAAUUUGGUAGCGGGAUGAGGACGCGGUGUGCUGAGACGACUGCCUCCUGCGCAGAUUCAGAUGCAGAGCCAUGCAGCAGUCGGAGAUCUCAUCCCUGCAGAUCUCGUCCUGUGAGGCCCAUGUUAGCCUCCCUCCUCUGCCUGCUAUCGGCGCUCCCCUCCCUCCUUCAUGCCUUUCAGCCUCCAGCCAGCGUCUCGAGGUCACCUCUCGCGCGGACCCUGAUGCGCAGAUGGGCCAAGCCAGCGACGGCCGUCGACGCGCCUGCAGCUCCCGCCGCUGCCUCGACAGACGGCAAGCCGCGGCUGCGCAAGACACGGCAGGAGAUAGAGGACGUAUUUGCCCCGUUUGUUGAGAACUGGUUCGACGGCCGUCCCAACACGAAGCUCUAUGAGAGGGACGUCAUCACUGCCAAGGACAUGCUGUCGCGGCAGCAGCGCAUCCAGGCGGUGCUCAAGGAGGAGAAGGAGCGGCAGGAGGCGGCCGGCGACGGCCGGGCUGAGCUGGUGCACACGGCCGAGGAGGCGGGGACGCGCUAUGACCUGCACAUCCUGCCCGACUAUGACCACCCCCCGCCGACCUUCGAGGAGCAGGCGAAGAGCUACCCCAAUGGCACCUUUGCUGAGGUGUGGCAAGACCACCAGAAGAUGGAGCAGAGGAAGGCAGACGAAAUGCAGGUAAGAUAGGAAGCGCACCACAUGCGAUGCGUUGGUUCUCCUGCAGCGCAUCACGGCUCGGUGUGUCCAUGCGUGUGCACAGGAGGGCCCGACGGCAGUGGAGCGGUUUUUGUUCAGCAGCGGUUUUGAGGGCGUGCGGCAGUACCUCAACAGCAACCUGUUUGUUGGUGUGGAGCUGCUGCUGCUCUUCCUGUUCUUCUCGUCUGUGGACUGCGGCUGGACGGGCGACUGGUCCAUGCUCGGCUGGCUCACCAACGACGUGGAGGCAUACGCAAGACAGGUAGUCCUGAACCUUUGUGCGCAAUGGUGCUGGUCUGGUGUGGUGGUGCAUCCGUGGGGGUGUGCGGUGCGUGUCUGUGUCUGUCCAGACGGUGUAUGCCUUGUUGGGUAUUCGGUUGUUCGCUGCCCCCGUGUCUGCCUUCCUCGCCGUCAGCAAGGGACUCGACUGGCGCGUCAACGCUGCCAGGACAUUCCUCUUCGGUGUCGCCGACAUGAUGAGGGGUACACACCGCACCCUCAACAAACCCGAACUGAAAUGUGGUUGAUAUAUCGCCUGUGUGUGUAUGUGUGGCUGCAGUUGGUCUGGCUGACGACAAGGAGACCCGUGAGUAUAAGCGGUUCAGGGAGACAGAGCCCCUUCACGACAUCUUCACCAGCGACCAACUCCUGGACAAGUGAGACAGAAACGAGUGCACACGCAUGGGUGUUGUCUGGUUUAUAUCUGUGUGGGACGUCAGUGUGUCUGAGCGCGGUUUGAUGCUGAGUAUGGUGCUCAAGUCUCGCAAGGAGAAGGCACCGGUCACACAGGAGCUCGUCAGGAAAUACUACGAAUAGUAAACCACACACACAGACAGCAUAGCAUAGCAUUUGCGACACACGUGUGGUUUGUGUCGAUAUAUCAGCGUGAAGCAGGUGGAUGUGGAGACGAUGCACACGGUGUCGGCCAUCAACGUCAACCAGGACCCGAGAGGGCGGCUCGACUUCAUCAUUGUGGAGCGAUUCGCAGACAUCCCACACCUCAUCAGACACCAAAACGAGCCCGCCUUCAAGGCAAGCACACAGACACUUGGCAAUCGAUGGACUGUACGUGUGUGUGUAUGAGACGAUGUGUGUACGUAUGUGUGUGUGCAGUCGUUUGUGGCGGCGCUGCAGGAUGAUGACUGUCUAGAGGAGCCCAUCAACCUGCACAUCGUCGGAGACGCUGACGGACAGGUCCAAAUCAACAGGUACGCGCAUACACACACACAGAGAGAGAGACCCGCACACACACACAGACCCAUCUACUGUCUUGUGUGUGUGUCUCCCUUUCUUCCUUCCGUCAGGUAUCCGUUUGGCCCUGGCGGUGAGGGCGGCCGUGACGACGCCCUCUUCUCGUCGCCCAUCAACCUUAACGCCAGGCAGCAUUAGCGGAUUUUUGUGUACAUAGCAGACAGACCUGGACGGAUGGCAG